UGCAGGCCAUUCUGUACUGCAAAUCUUGUUUUCUUGUUUGUUACCCAACUCUUCUUUUUCUCUGAUUACUUAGUAAUACAUAGCUCAAAGUUAGAUUCAUCAAUGGAUAUUCUUAAAGCAGAAAUCGAAAGGAAGAAACGCCAGAUACAGGAGUCAAACUUGAUUCAUGAUCCCAAAAGGAAAUUCUUCAAGAGAUCUGAUUUGGCUGCUAAACAAGAAGAGGAGUAUUGGAAAAAGCACAGUAAUAUUGUGAGACCAGAAUACUCAUCACAGCUCUCUGAUGGGAAUGACUCCAGCUCUUAUGGUGCUGGUGGAAAGUCAGACAAAAUUACACAGUUGCCACGAAAAGAGGUAAUUAGAAAACUAAGAGAACGUGGAGAACCAAUCAGACUCUUUGGUGAGGAGGACAUUGAUGCAUAUCGACGACUGAAAAAGUUGGAGACUUCUGAACCUACUGCUAAGGGCGAGGGAUUUUCAAAUGACUUUCAAGCAGCUAUGGAAAAAGUUGAUCAAGACUACCUGGAUGAAAUCAUCAAGUCAACUGGUGGGGACAAAGAAGGCGUCACAAAUGAUGUUUCUGUCAAGGAUGAUGGAACCACUCAGGAAGAUCUUAAGAAUAUGAAAGCUGAACUUGGCCAGGGAAACAAAGACAAAGAUCAUGAAAUUGUCCUAAGGUUUUUUAAGUAUGUCAUGAAGAAAUGGGGCGAGGCUCUCAACGAAAGACCUGAGGAAGAGAAGCGGAUUAUCAAGGGGAAGAUGGCCAGUGCGACACAUUCACAGACUGUUUCUUAUCUCAAACCAUUGUUCAGAAAAUUGAAACACAAGGAUGUUGAUGAAGGCCUUCUUGAAAGUAUUGUGGAAAUUGUCCUGUUCAUGAUGGACCGAAAUUACAUCAAAGCAAAUGACUCCUAUCUGGAGAUGGCUAUUGGAAAUGCCCCAUGGCCAAUUGGUGUCACUAUGGUGGGUAUCCACGCAAGAACAGGUCGUGAAAAGAUUUCUUCCCGCUAUGUGGCCCAUGUGCUGAACGAUGAAACUCAGAGAAAAUAUAUCCAGGCUGUGAAGCGACUGCUCACCCAGUGUCAGAUUUUGUUCCCAACAGACCCAUCUCGCAGCUACAAUUAUCUUCGAACUGAGAAACCUUGAAAAAUUACAGCACUUUGUGGGACAAUUUACAUGUGGUCAACAUUUUUAGGAAGAAUUGUUAGGGGGGGGGGGGGGGGGGGGGUUACAGCAGAGAGAUAUUUGUCUUUUUUAGUUUCCUGUCAAUUUUUCAGCGUUCUAAAUGGCUGUUAUGUGUGCUUCUCUUUACUUAAAUGCACAAUAGAUAUUUCAGACCUUAAAAUUUCAUCUAUUUCAUUCUGGCCCCUCAAUUUACUUUUAAUUUGUUUUUGAAUUUUAAGGUGGAGUUUAUUUCUGUCAGAAUACUUUAUUGAUCAAGAGUAAUGUAAAGAUUGAGUAAAAAGAGUUCAAAAAUCUUUCUUGGUAUUUCAAAGAGGAUUUUGUUUUAAUUGUUGAAGGAUCUUGUCCGGUUUGAAUUUGUAUUUAAAAUAUGGUCUCAUUUCUUUUGUCUUUACCAUGCAUUUCAUAUGAAAUCAUGUGAUUUCAUUUGCAAUUUUUUCCAUUUGCUAAUAAAAUAUGUACAUUCAUUAAAAUGAU